UUCAGUGCGGAGGAGAACGAACAGAGCCGUGUUGAGUUAAACACACACUGAGAGAAAAAGCACACAAAAGAAGCAAAAACCCGCCUUUAGACCGAACGAAUCUAAAUAAACAGUGAGAAGGAGAGUUGGACCGCCGCGUAGGUGGGAUUUAAAACAUAAAGAUGAGCGGAGGGACGCCUUAUAUCGGUAGCAAGAUCAGCCUGAUCUCAAAGGCCGAGAUUCGAUAUGAGGGAGUUUUAUACACAAUCGACACUGAGAACAGCACUGUAGCUCUGGCGAAAGUCAAGUCAUUUGGAACUGAGGACCGUCCCACGGACAGACCUAUUCCUCCUCGAGAAGACAUCUUUGAGUACAUCAUAUUUCGAGGAAGUGACAUAAAAGAUUUGACCGUGUGCGAGCCGCCCAAACCCACUUGUAAUCUUCCCCAGGACCCCGCCAUCGUUCAGUCCUCACUGGCAUCAACCACUGGCCCUGCGGCCCCUUCCUUCCAGUCAUACACCCCCUUCAGUCGGGCCCCGUACAGGCAGUUCAGCUCCACUCCACUGGUACCCCAGCCAUUCGGAGCAGCAGUCACCGGCGGAAGCGGCUCAGGUCCUGCGUUCAGUAGCGAGGGGAGCAGUACUGCCCCUCUGUCCCAGAGCUCUGCUUUACCCCCGCGAACUCGCUCGCUGAGUCAUGAAGCUGAAGGUCGUUCGAGCCCGUCUCUGGAGCCCCUGAGAAAGACCCCGACCCUGGAGCAUGCGGUUCAGACUGCCCCAGUUGCUCCCCCUGCAACUGCAGCAAGUUCGGUGGGUCAGAGGAGCCCUGGAGCGGCCCGACCCACCCUCAGUGCUCAGAAACCUGCUGAAAACCUGGAGCAAAACAAAGCAUCUGAUCUUCGUAAGAUCACCCGGGAAUUACUUUGCCCGGAAUCAGACACAAACAGGCCUGAAAUCAAAGACUCACACAAACGGCAGUCUGGAGGUGGUGCUCCUGCAAUGAGGAAGGGUCGGGGGAGUGGGGGCGGAGGUGGUGGUCAGCGUGGAAGGGGCAGGUUUAACGGGCGAAGAGACGGACCAAUGAAAUUUGAGAAGGACUUUGACUUCGAGAGUGCUAACGCCCAGUUUAAUAAAGAGGAGAUUGACCGCGAGUUUCAGAGCAAACUCAAAAUUAAAGAUGACAAGGUUGAGAAAUCGGAGAAGACUCUGAAUGGAGAGGAGAAGACCGAUUCAGGUGUGGAAACUCAGAACAGUGAAGGCAAUGCAGAUGAGGAAGAUCCACUGGGACCCAAUUGUUACUAUGACAAAUCCAAGUCUUUCUUCGACAACAUCUCUUGUGAUGACUCUAGAAAGGAGAAAUCUGGAGGUGUUCGUGGGAGAGAGCGAAGGCACACCUGGGCGGAGGAGAGGAGAAUGAAUGCAGAGACUUUCGGGAUUCCUCAGCGUCAUAAUCGUGGACGCGGCGGUUUCCGUGGCAGAGGUGGGGGCAUGGGUUUCCGUGGCGGUCGUGGGCGUGCAGCCAGCAGGGGCUCGUUCAUGCCCUCCCGCGGGGGCGGACCCGGAUUCAGGGGUGGGUUUAGAGGUGGCAGAGAAGGGCGAGAGUUCUCGGACUUUGAAUACAGGAAGGAGAACAAAGUGGCAGCAUAGUUAAACCUGAAGAUCAGAUCAUCCUAACAGCCAAGAAUCUACACUCAUCACAGUCUAGAUUAACGCUUUGGUUUUGACUCCUGAACAACAGACUCUCUCUUUCUCCGUUUAACACCAGCGCAGGUGCAGCCUGCCUUCUGCUGGACACGCAGCUUCUAGUUUUUUCCUCAUUCCUUUUUUAGGGAAAAAAACAUGUCUUUUGGAAACAUUUGAUCUUUGUUUGAUAUGUUUGGAGGGGAAAGAGAAUUUGUGUUCCCGUUGCCGUGGAAUUAUCUGGUAUUUUUUCAUCAAACCUUUAGUUCCUUUUGUAACACACAAGAAUGGAUUUUGAUAAUACUUUGGUGAACAGAACCCUGCUGAUACUGUGAGCGUUCCUCAGUCAAAUAGCUUUGUUUAUUAUUUUUUUGGAUCUAGUCUCUUAUGUCUUUAGAAGCAAAAAAAAAGCCCAGGCUAGAGGCUGCAGGGUGUGUGUCAGACCAAAAUAAACUGAAACCGCCUAAUCGAAAUAAAUAUUGAGUCUCUGGAGCCUGCUAGAUUCACACGUGUGGACAUGUGCUUUAUGAUUGCCCAUUUGUGUUGAGUGUAAUGUAGAUGAUAUUUACUUCAUUUAGUAGAUUGACAUGGUUCAAGUCUGUUUGUGAUAUUAAGUUACGUUUAAAAAAUGCUUUUAGUUCGUUGUUUAAUAUCAGCUUUUUUUUUUUUCUUUUUUUUUUUUUUGCUGCUUAUUUAGAAAAGUCAUUUUUUAGUUCUGUACUGUGUACACACAUCAGUAUCUAACAAUAGGUCAGUCCAACCUCCAGCAUUUCACUUAAAAAAAUAACAAAACAUCCUGGUUUGGGAUUGAAUGUAUUGAUGAAUUCAACGAUGUCCGGAAGAACUCCUGUUGUUGUUUUUUCUUUUAAACUAUUUUGUCCUUAAGUCCUCUCUAUGCCACUGUAUGCAGUAUGUUAGUUUGUCCCUGCUGGAAUACACUGCUCUGUCCUGUCUUUAAAAAUUAUUUAGUUAAUUGAGUGGCAAUUAUUCUUGCUUUUUUAUGUCAAUGAUAUCGAUUUCUAAGAGGGCUUUUUGAUAUAAUCUCAACAAACCUGUAUUAUUGGACACUUAUGAGCCCUGUUACUGCUUAACACCAAGAUCUUCAGGAAAGAUCAUCCGUACCCUUUAAGAACAAAAUUGGAUGUCUCAAAAGGUUUAUUAUUUGCACUUUAAAGACGCAUAACGCCUCCAUACAGUCACAUCUGUGUCAUAGAUGAAAAUUUGAUGAUGUCAUUUCAUUAUUCUCACACACCAGACUAAUAUUGUCAGAGAACCCAAAGCGGGGAACAAAAAAGUGAUUGUUUGGAGACUUGGAUGAAUUAGGGAAGGAUAUUUUAGGUGAAUAGAUUGACAUUAAAGGGAUCCUUCCUGUCCGAUCAUUUCUGUCGUUUACCUACAUUUUGGCUGAUUUAUCCCUUUAAUCAGGACAGUAUUACUGUUAAACACAUAAAUACAUUGACUUAUUAACGUAGUGAAAAUGUUUUGCGUCAUGCUUAAAUGCAGAUGUUGUUACCCAGACUAGUUUCACCUGAAAUUAGUGUCCAUAAACCCCUUUAUUGUGAGUAGUUCCGCUUCCUGUUUGAUUCUCAUGUAUGUUUGUGCGUUAUUUCAGACACCAGCCGUUUAUCGCUCUUUUAAUUGUGGAGAAGUUUGUUCACCCAACUUUCCUUGUCUCUCCCCUUUGAAUGUCUCUGAAGCAUUAGUUCCCGUACUAAUGGUUCAAUUUAGUUAUUUUGAGUUAGUUGUCACGUGGUGUGCUUCAUAUUUUUAAUUUAAGAGAUCCAAAGACUGAAUUAUGACUUAAAAUUGAAGAAGAGAUGCUCUUAUAGUCUUUAGUUUUAUAUUUUGUUUUGCAUAUUAAUAGCCAAGAGUUUGCCAUCUUGUCUGUUUCAUAGUUGAAACUGUUCUUGUAUAAGCUAAACUGCUCCCUUUUAAAAGCACCACAAGUUUGCAAAGAACUCCCUCAGAUACCUGGGCAGCUGGUGAAAUGCAGUCUGAUUGGCCACUGCGCUGAUUAUUUUUGAAAACCUUUGAUUCACAGAUAUUCGGACUGAAUUCAGACUGGACCGAGAUGUUGAAUUAAACCUCAGGCCUGAUAUAGUGAUGAAGUUUAAGCCUAAUCUUGUAUUAGAUUUCGAACUGGACAAAUGUGCAGAAUGUUUCAUGUAAUACCGGAUUGAUACAUGAUUUUUGUGGUAUGACCUCUGGAAAAAUGUAAUUGGCAAGGUUUUUGUUUAUUUUUUCUGAAUUCAAGAAGUUGUACAUGAUGUGCUCUUUGAAGAAUUCAAACAGGGGCAGACUGGGGUUUUUAUUCAAACAAGAGAAAUAAAUAGUUGU